AUGAUCGACGUCAACGUAGCUUGGGGAAACGGCCGUGGAAAGAUACUCAACAACGGCCAGCUUCUUACUCUCUCCUUAGACAAGUCCUCUGGUUCUGGUUUUCAAUCCAAAACAGAGUAUUUGUUCGGAAAAAUCGAUAUGCAGAUUAAGCUCGUUCCCGGUAACUCAGCAGGAACAGUUACAACUUUCUACCUUAAAUCGGAAGGAUCGACUUGGGAUGAGAUUGAUUUUGAGUUCUUGGGUAAUAUGAGUGGAGAUCCUUAUACUUUACACACCAAUGUAUACACUAAUGGUAAAGGAGACAAAGAGCAACAAUUCUAUCUCUGGUUCGACCCAACCGCAAAUUUCCACACUUACUCCAUCCUCUGGAACCCUCAAAGAAUCAUAUUGACCGUAGAUGAUACACCGAUUAGAGAGUUCAAGAACUCAGAGUCGAUCGGUGUUUUGUUUCCAAAGAGCAAGCCGAUGAGGAUGUACGCGAGUUUGUGGAACGCAGACGAUUGGGCAACUAGAGGCGGUCUGGUGAAAACGGAUUGGUCCAAAGCUCCAUUCAUGGCUUCUUACAGGAACAUAAAGAUCGACGGGUGUGUUCAUUCCAACGGAAGAUCGUCUUGUAGCACGACGAAACCAAGCUCUAGUUGGUACACUCAACAAAUGGAUUCGACGAGCCAAGCUAGACUCAGAUGGGUUCAGAAGAAUUACAUGAUCUACAACUACUGUACGGACCGUAAGAGGUUCCCACAGGGAAUCCCUAAGGAAUGUGCAUAG